CUCGAACCAUUUUAAUUUAUUACCUGCCGUAGACAAUUUCGGCAUUUACCAUUGUCGGGCUCUGGUAGUCUAUAAAUUUCAACGCCAGACUCCUACUUUUGCAUUCCUUUUUCGUUCUUCCUUGUGUUGUGCCGUCUCUGUAUUUCGUUUAGAAACAAUGGGCGACCGUGCUUUGACUCGCGUUCACAGCCUCCGUGAACGUUUGGAUGAAACUCUUUCUUCUCACAGGAAUGAAAUCUUGGCCCUUCUGUCGAGGCUUGAGACUAAGGGGAAGGGGAUCCUGCAAAACCAUCAACUUAUUCUUGAGUUUGAAGCAAUCCCUGAUGAGAACAGAAAGAAACUGAGUGAUGGGGCAUUCGCUGAAGUUCUUAGAUCCACUCAGGAAGCGAUAGUCUUACCUCCGUGGGUUGCACUUGCUGUUCGUCCAAGGCCUGGUGUUUGGGAGUACAUUCGUGUGAAUGUUCAUGCACUCGUUGUCGAGGAGCUCCGUGUGGCUGAAUACCUCCACUUCAAGGAAGAACUUGUUGAUGGAAGCACCAAUGGCAACUUUGUGCUUGAGUUGGACUUUGAGCCAUUUACUGCAUCAGUUCCUCGCCCAACUCUCUCAAAGUCGAUUGGAAAUGGAGUGGAGUUCCUUAACCGCCACCUUUCUGCAAAACUCUUCCAUGACAAGGAGAGCAUGCACCCACUGCUUGAAUUUCUCCGAGUCCACUGCCACAAGGGCAAGAAUAUGAUGCUGAAUGACAGGAUUCAUAACCUGAAUUCUCUUCAGUAUGUUCUGAGGAAGGCCGAGGAGUAUCUGUCUACGCUGGCACCUGAAACACCCUACUCUGAGUUUUUACUCAAAUUCCAGGAGAUUGGUUUGGAGAGAGGUUGGGGUGACACCGCAGAGCGUGUUCUAGAGAUGAUUCAACUUCUUUUGGAUCUUCUUGAGGCACCUGAUCCCUGCACUCUCGAGAAUUUCCUUGGCAGAAUACCCAUGGUCUUCAAUGUUGUUAUUCUCACUCCCCACGGAUACUUUGCUCAAGACAAUGUUUUGGGUUACCCUGACACUGGUGGCCAGGUUGUUUACAUCUUGGAUCAAGUGCGUGCCCUGGAGGAUGAGAUGCUUCUUCGUAUAAAGCAGCAAGGACUUGACAUCACCCCUCGCAUCCUCAUUAUUACUAGACUCCUCCCGGAUGCAGCAGGGACAACUUGUGGUCAGCGACUUGAGAAAGUGUAUGGAACUAAGUAUUCAGAUAUACUCCGAGUUCCCUUUAGAACAGAGAAGGGAAUUGUUCGCAAAUGGAUCUCACGAUUUGAAGUCUGGCCCUACCUAGAAACAUACACUGAGGAUGUUGCUGUUGAAAUUGGUAAAGAGUUGCAGGGCAAGCCUGAUCUGAUCAUUGGGAACUAUAGUGAUGGCAACAUUGUUGCUUCUUUGUUAGCCCACAAAUUAGGUGUUACACAGUGUACCAUUGCUCAUGCUCUUGAGAAAACAAAAUAUCCAGAUUCAGACAUCUACUGGAAAAAAUUGGAUGAAAAGUACCACUUCUCUUGCCAAUUUACAGCUGAUCUUAUAGCAAUGAAUCAUACAGACUUUAUCAUCACCAGUACCUACCAGGAAAUUGCUGGAAGCAAGGAUACUGUUGGCCAAUAUGAGAGUCACACUGCUUUCACACUUCCUGGACUCUACCGUGUCGUACAUGGUAUUGAUGUGUUUGAUCCAAAGUUCAACAUUGUAUCCCCUGGUGCUGAUAUGAGCAUAUACUUCCCGUAUACUGAGGAGAAAAGAAGGCUGAAAUCUUUCCACCCUGAGAUUGACAAGCUACUUUACAGCUCUGUUGAGAAUGAGGAACACUUAUGUGUGUUGAAAGACCGCAGCAAGCCUAUCCUAUUUACAAUGGCAAGGCUGGACCGUGUGAAGAAUUUAACAGGGCUUGUGGAGUGGUAUGGGAAGAACACUAAGCUACGUGAAUUGGUUAACUUAGUCGUUGUUGGUGGUGAUAGAAGAAAGGAAUCCAAAGACUUGGAAGAGCAAGCUGAAAUGAAGAAGAUGUAUAGCCUUAUUGAAACAUACAAGUUGAACGGCCAGUUCAGAUGGAUUUCAUCUCAGAUGAACAGGGUCAGGAAUGGUGAAUUAUAUCGCUACAUUUGUGAUACAAAAGGAGCUUUCGUGCAGCCUGCAUUGUAUGAGGCCUUUGGCUUGACUGUUGUUGAGGCCAUGACCUGUGGAUUGCCGACAUUUGCAACUUGCAAAGGUGGUCCAGCUGAGAUUAUAGUGAAUGGAAAAUCUGGCUUCCACAUUGAUCCUUACCAUGGUGAGCAGGCUGCUGAAAUCCUUGUCGGCUUCUUUGAGAAGUGCAAGGUGGAUCCUUCUCACUGGGACAAGAUCUCACUGGGUGGGCUGAAGCGCAUUGAAGAGAAGUACACAUGGAAGAUAUACUCUCAAAGGCUUCUGACCCUGACUGGAGUUUAUGGCUUCUGGAAACAUGUAUCUAACCUUGACCGUCUUGAGAGCAGACGCUACCUCGAAAUGUUUUACGCCCUCAAGUAUCGUAAGCUGGCCGAGUCUGUUCCUCUGGCUGUUGAGUAAUUAAAAGCUGAGGAAGUGUCAUGGUGGUUGGUCCAAGUGGAGGUUUCUGAGUGUUGAAGAAUAAUAGCUGUUUGGGGAUUGCGAUUGGACGAAAUGGAAUUUUUUACCUCUGCUUCAUUUUUUUUCUUCAAUAUUUUUCUUUUGCGUUUUCUCGGCAUUGUUUGCAUCUGGGUUUUGAGCCCAUCAAUUCCAGUAAAGUUUGUGACUUUUGUUUUCUCAUCUUUCUGCCUUCAUUUCCUGCCUAUUGUAAUCUAAAUAUUUCAAUCAAUUUUAACAUUUUACUCUGCUAAGACGGAUUAUCAA